GUUAGGCCGGAAGGAGGAAAACACUAAUGUAGCUAGCUGGUAGCUAACCAUGCAUAUAUUAUUUAGUGUACAGGUAAAUAUUGUCAAUAAUUCCUCAGGUUUCUAUCAAACUGUAACGUUAGUAACAAGCUAGUGUCCCGUAGAGCCUUUUGCUGUUUUGCGGUAAUGCGGAUUGACAGAAGAAUCUAACCCGGAAGCUGGGCUGGAAGAAAGAGAGUUAUGUUGAUAGCUAGCUAGCUUAGUUUGGAAGUGUCUGAAAUGUGUCUGAUAUCAUUUGAUGUCGUUUAAAUUAGACUUGGAUUUAGCCCAACUCGGACUAUAUACGUGGAGCUAGCGAUAUUUUCAACGACCAUUUCAUAUAGUUUUGCUAUCUGGUCUAGGAAACUAAAUUAUCUAGCUACCGUUGGCCUAGCUAGUUAGCUAUCUGAGUUGUAUGGAAAGUAAUCCGCUAGAUAAUGUGACCUCGUGGUGAACUUUCGGGGAUUUGAGAAGAAUCUGCUUUAGUUUAAUUCAGUGACCCAACUCUUUCAUAGGAAACUAUUUCUGAAGAAUUCACGAUGGAUGAGGAUUCUGCUGACCCAUCCAACCCCCCUUUCUCCUGCUCCACUGAACCCAACCCUCCGGAGUCACUGGUUCCUGACUCUAACCACAGAGACAUGGACACCUGCAGUGAGAUACCCAGAUUUAACAUUGUAGUCAAGGAGGAGGAGGAAGACUGGGACAUGGAUGAUACUGAAGAGAGACCUGACCACUGCUCUGAGAGUGAAGGGAGUCCCUCUACAACAGGACUACCUGAACAACACCAGGGGAAUCACACAGCUAAGAAGAUUCACUGCUGUUCAGUGUGUGGAAAGAACUGUCACAAGUUAUCAAAACUACAAAUACAUAUGAGAACUCACACAGGAGAAAAACCUUACUCCUGCUCUGUCUGUGGGAAGCAAUUCAGUGAGAAAGGAAACCUGAAAAAACAUCAGACGUUGCACACAGGAGAGAAGCUGUACAGUUGCUCCGUGUGUGGGGAGAGUUUCUCUUCAUCGUCAAUUCUUACCAAUCACCAGAGAACACACACAGGAGAGAAUCAAGUGUCUGUAGAAGAGUGUGGUUUUACACCAGCACUGGUUAUCAAAGUGAAAGAGGAGGACGAGGAUCCUGCUUUUGCAGAGAGACAUGAUCACUGCUCUGACAGCGAAGGGAGUCCCUCUACAACAGGACUACCUGAACAACACCAGGGGAAUCACACAGCUAAGAAGAUUCACUUUUGUUCAGUGUGUGGAAAAAACUGUCAAAAGUUAUCAAAACUACAAAUACAUAUGAGAACUCACACAGGAGAAAAGCCUUACUCCUGCUCUGUCUGCGGGAAGCAAUUCAGUGACAAAGGAAACCUGAAAAAACACCAGACGUUGCACACAGGAGAGAAGCUGUACAGUUGUGCCGUGUGCGGGGAGAGUUUCUCUUCAUCGUCAAUUCUUACCAAUCACCAGAGAACACACACAGGAGAGAGUCAUGGUUUUACACCACCACUCGUUAUCAUAGUGAAAGAGGAGGAAGAGGAUCCUGCUUUUGCAGAGAGACCUGACCACUGCUCUGAGACUGAAGGAAGUCCCUCUACAUCAGGAUUAUCUGAACAACACCAGGGGAAUCACACAGUUAAGAAGAUUCACUGCUGUUUAGUGUGUGGAAAAAACUGUCAGAAGUUAUCAAAACUACAAAUACACAUGAGAACUCACACAGGAGAAAAACCUUACUCCUGCUCUGUCUGUGGGAAGCAAUUCAGUGACAAAGGAAACCUGAAAAAACACCAGACGGUGCACACAGGAGAGAAGCUGUACAGUUGCGCCGUGUGCGGUGAGAGUUUCUCUUCAUCGUCAAAUCUUACCAAACACCAGAGAACACACACAGGAGAGAGUCAUGGUUUUACACCACCACUCGUUAUCAAAGUGAAAGAGGAGGACGAGGAUCCUGCUUUUGCAGAUAAACAGGACCACUGCUCUGACAGUGAAGUGAGUCACUCUACAUCAGGAGAACCUAAAAAAAAACAGGAGAAUCACACAGCAAAGAGCUCUCACUGCUGUUCAGUGUGCGGAAGAGAUUGCCAAAAGCUAUCAUCACUGCUAAUACAUAUGAGAAUACACACAGGAGAAAAGCCAUACCCUUGCUCUGUGUGUGGAAAGCAGUUCCGUGUAAAAAGACAUCUUCAAGACCACCAGAAAGUGCACACUGGAGAGAAACCUUACGUCUGCUCCAAAUGUGACAAGAGGUUUGGUUUCGCCUCAGCCUUGAAAAGGCACCAGUGGUUACACGCAGAAGAGAAACCUUACUCCUGCUCUGUGUGUGGGAAGGGUUUUGGCCGUCCAGAUCAGUUAAAGGACCACUCUCUGCAACAUGCAGGGAAACCCCACUGCUGUUCUGUGUGUGGGAAGGGUUUCAGCCGUCCAGAUCAGCUAAAGGACCACUCUCUGCAACAUGCAGGGAAACCCCACUACUGUUCUGUGUGUGGGAAGUGUUUCAGUGAGAAGAGGUAUCUUGAAGACCACCAGUCAGUGCACACCGGAGAGAAACGACACCCUUGCCCUGUCUGCAAGAAGAGUUUUGUAAGAUUAGCAGGCCUUAAAGUCCACCUCAGAUAUCAUACAGGAGAGAAACCUUACAGCUGCGCUAAAUGCGGCCAGAGCUUCAUUAGUUCUCAAAAACUUCAGAGACAUCAGAAAACUCAUGCUGGUUUACCACCUGUUGAGUUUCAAAACCCUGUUACAAUUGAAGGAGAGCGGGAGGGAGAAGAUGAGGAAGUUGGUGGUCUGAUUAAUUCAGAUGGAGAAGAGGUUGGUUGGGAUCUUCAUCGUCUCGACGAGAGUUCGGAGGGGAGAACCUCUACAUCAGGAGAACCUAAAGAAACCUAGGGGAAUCUCAAAGCACAGAGAUACAGUUUCUCUGUGUGUGGGAAAGACUGGCAACGGUUAUUUGAUCUGAAAAAGACAAAAUGACAGUGCACACAGGAGAGAAAUCGUACAGCUGUCCUGUAUGUGGGAAAAGUUUUAAGCAAGAUCAUCAGACCUUUAAAAUGCACAAUAGAGUUCAUACAGGAGAGAAACCUUACAGCUGUGCUGAAUGUGGCCAGAGCUUUUUGCCAUAGUUUGUACAUCUGCAUUGUUAUAUUGCUUAUAUAGGUCUAUCUCAUUAGUAGCUUAUUAAUAAUUUUAGGUAAUGUAAGAAUGAUGCAUUUAAUUGUUUUUUCUUUACUUUGUGUGUUAUAAUUAUCUCUUGUGAUUUUCUCCAUGAGGGUGGUGAGAUAGAGACCCAACAACACGUUAUAUUAUAGUAUCCCUUCCUCAUAACCAUGUUUGCCAGUGACAGUCUCUUCUCCAUGAGGGUGGUGAGAUAGAGACCCAACAACAUAUUAGUCUCUUCUCAUUCAAAUAUUUUUGUUUGUCAAAAAGUUCAGUAAAUAGACCCAUGUAAUUCCAGCUCGUAUUGCGAGGGUUGUUUUCCCAAUGCUUUUUCAGUGCGUCUGUCUGUCUAUAAAAGUGAAUCCUCGUGA